AGAUGUUGGAUUUAAAUGAUUCAUGAAUUGAUUGAUCUUCUUCACCCAUUUGAUUUAUUUUCUGAAUAAUUGCAGAGAAAAAUAACAUAGAAAACCAUGACAAGCAGUAACACAGUUAUCUCAGGGAGAUGGUCUCUCAAGGGAAUGACUGCUCUUGUGACUGGCGGUACCAGAGGGAUUGGACAUGCCAUAGUAGAGGAGUUAGCUGAACUAGGAGCAACAGUUCACACUACGGCUAGGAACGAAGACGGUAUCAAAAACUGCUUGAAAGAUUGGCAGGAAAAAGGUUAUAAAGUUACCGCUUCAGUCUGUGAUGUUUCAGUUCCGGCUGAAAGAAAGAAACUAAUAGAAACUGUAUCCGGUGUAGUUGAUGCCAAGCUCGAUAUACUUGUGAACAAUGUUGGGACAGGUGUGUUCAAAGAAAGCGUGGAUUACACCGAUGAGGAUCAUACUAGAACCUUUGCAACUACGUUUGAUUCUGGUUAUGGUCUAUCAAUACUUGCACACCCUUUGUUAAAAGCAUCUGGUUCGGGGAGUAUAGUUUUCAUUUCCUCUGUUGCUGGAGUCGUCGCUAUACCGUUGCUUUCAAACUAUUCAGCUUUUAAAGGAGCGAUCAAUCAAGUAACCAAGAAUUUCGCCUGCGAGUGGGCCAAAGACAAGAUUCGAGUCAACUGUGUUGCACCAUGGGUUAUCAGAACCCCUAAGCUCCAAACGUCCAUGUACAAGUAGAUCAAAUUCAACAAGCUAUACCUGUUCGAUGGGUGGAGUUCUGGUGAGCCAUGGCGCCACGGAAUUGACACGAAUCUUGUCUUUGUCCCAUUCACAGGCGAAAUUCUUUGUAAUUUGAUUUAGACUGCUUCAGUCUUCUAUAUUUGUCCGAAUGAAUUGUACCUUUGCAAGCUGAAUAAUUGCAUAACAUAGGUAAAGCAACGACUCCGGCAACAGAGGAAAUGAAAACAAUGCUUCCUGAACCAGAUGCUUUCAAGAGAGGGUGCGCAAGUGUUGACAAAUGGUAAGCAGAUUCAAAGGUUGUUGCCAUGACUUUUGUAUGAUCCUCAGCAGUGAAGUCCAAGGUAUUUUUAAAUAUGUAUAAAAGAGCUUCAUCUGUGUAAUAGUUUCAAUUUUUCAAAUCACGCAUACUCACUAGCUACGGCCGGUUGAGUCAACUUACAAGGAUGUUGAGCUUUCCGCCAAAAACAGUAGAAACUGUUUACAUCAACUCCUCACGGUCAGCUGGAACAGAAACAUCACAAACUGACCCAGUAACUUGAUAACCUUUUGCCUCCCAGUCUUUCAAGCAGUUACCGAUGUCGCCUUUGGUCCGGGCACAAAUAUGAAUUGUUGCACCUAGCCCAGCUAAUUCCUCUACAAUAGCAUGCCUGUUCAUUAUACAAAGAGUGAACAUUUGAAAAUUUCAACUCUAAGCAGGAAAAAAAAAAAAAAAAAAAAAAAAAAAAAA